AUGAUCUGGCAUGUUCAUAAUGAAAACUUCAUUCUCGAUUCUAUGAGAAUUUUUAUGAAAGCCGUUCAUUUGCUUCUCUUCGAUGGAAGUUUUAUUUUCCCAGAAUGUAUACUAAUUUUUUGCCUAAUUCUUCUUCUGAUGGUCGAUUCAACGUCUGAUCAAAAAGAUAUACCUUGGUUAUAUUUCAUCUCUUCAACAAGUUUAGUAAUGAGCAUAACAGCCUUAUUGUUCCAAUGGAGAGAAAAACCUAUGAUUAGCUUUUUGGGAAAUUUCCAAUCGAACAAUUUCAAUAAAAUCUUUCAAUUUCUUAUUUUACUAUGUUCAACUUUAUGUAUUCCUCUACCCAUAAAGUACAUUGAAUGUACAAAAAUGGCUAUAACAGAGUUUCUGUUAUUCGUAUUAACAGCUACUCUAGGAGGAAUGUUUUUAUGCGAUGUUCACGAUUUAAUAACUAUCUUUGCAGCUCUAGAAUGUUUCAGUUUAUGCUCCUACCUAUUAUCUGGAUAUACCAAGAAAGAUGUACGGUCUAAUGAGACUACUACAAAACAUUUACUCAUGGAUGGGACAAGCUCCUUUAUUUUGGUUCAUGGUUUCUCUUCACUAUAUGGUUCUGGGGUAGAGAUCGAGCUUCAAGAAAUAGAUCUUAUCAGUACACAAAUGUAUAACUCACAAGGAAUUUCAAUUUCGCUUAUAUUCAUCACUGUAGGAAUUGGGUUCAAGCUUUCCUCAGCCCUUUCUCAUCAAUGGGCUCCUGACAUAUACAAUGGACUCAUGAUAACUUAUAUGUUGUUCUAUAUCUCCAUGAAUCUAGGAACUUUUGCUUGCAUUGUAUCAUUUGGUCUAUGUAUCGGAACUAAUAACAUUCAAGAUUAUGCAAGAUUAUACAUGAAAGAUCCUUUUUUGGCUCUCUUUUUAGCCCUAUAUCUCUUAUCCUUAGAAGGUCUUCCUCCACUAGCAUUUUUUUUCAGAAAACUUCAUUUAUUCUGGUGUGGAUGGCAAGCAAGCCUAUAUUUCUUGGUUUUAAUAGGACUCCUUACGAGCGUUGUUUCUAUCUACUAUUAUCUAGAAAUAAUAAAGUUAUUAAUGACUGGACGAAACCAAGAAAUAACCUCUCACGUGCAAAAUUAUAGAAGAUCCCCUUUAAGAUCAGACAAUUCGAUCGAAAUGAGUAUGAUUGUAUGUGUGAUAGCAUCUACUAUACCAGGAUUAUCAAUGAACCCGAUUAUUGAAAUUGCUUAG